CAUGUCCGCCGAAGCCUCAUCCUCUCGCGAUGCACCUACCCUUCCCUCCCCCGAACCACCCUCCAUCUCCCCAACCCUCCCCUCAACCUCCUCCUCGCAAACGCACCCCUCUCCACCCCUCCACUCCCCCGAAACAGCGCGCCAAAUCGCCGAAGCGCGCGCCGCCCUCGAAGCAUCCAUGACCAAUAUCGGCAACCAGCACUUCUCCUCUCUGCAAUCCCGAGCCCAAAACCUACACGCAAACACCGCACAACUGGACAAGCAGCAAAAGGACGUUAUUAAAGCGACAGAUGGGCUGAAGAAGGAGACAGAGAAGCUAAGGAAGUGGGCGGAUGAGGGGCAGAGGAUGGUGAAGGAGUUGGGGAAUGUGCAGAAUUGGGCGGAGAUGCUGGAGAGGGAUUUCUUGGUGCUUGGAGAGACGAUUCGGUUGGCGAAUGGUGGGGGGAGUCAGAGUCAGAGUGGGAGUGGGAGUGGGAGUGAGUGGGAGACGGAUAGUGAGUUUGAGGAGGAGGGCGGGGAGAAGCAAGGUCAGGGUGAUGAAGAAGGCAAAGUGGUGGAUCAAGAGCCGGGUGUCAGGGAGGAGAUGAGGGUUGUGGAUGCGGAGGGCGAUACGGAGAUGCACGAUACAGAGGACAAUGACAAAGGGAAGGGGAAAGCUGUUGAUGUUGAACAGGAAACUACGAAUACGGAGCACCAGCCUGAGGAUCUUGGAGGCUCUUCUACGGCGACAGGAUCAGAUCCUUCUUCGAGUUCGGUGCAUACAGCAGCAUCUGCAACCAGCUGAUGGGCUUGGUGGGGAAGGUUUGCCUCUUUGGCAUGCCAAGUCGGAUGGGCCCUGUCCUUUGCAGCGUCUGCGGAUCAUCCAAGAAGAUACCAUGCGAGGGGCUUCGAAAACCUCCAUAUCGUGGCUGGUCCCGUAUAGCAUAUUAAAUCUGCCCAAAAGUCGACCUCAACAGCUUUGCGGUCUGGGUCGUUGACCUGAAAUGGCAUAUCUUCGCGCUCUGCUUGGCGACGUCAUGGCGGUCGAGGCUAGCCUGGAAGCUUUGAAGGAUGGAUUAUUUCGAAGGAGAUAUAAGAAGUACCGGGAGACGCCCAGAGCAGUCUAAGCAAUUUCCGAGGUUGAAAAGUACUUGCACCAUGUCGAUAAAUGCAGAAUCCUUGAAGCCGGGCACAGUGGAACAGUCACAUCCAACACCAUCUCUCACUAGUACAACGUG